ACCUUCCAAUUCCUGUCAAGUAAUUUCAAAAUAAGUGUCAUCUAAUUACCUGUCAGAUUUACCAUAAAAAUUCUUGUAAACGUAUCACCAAAAAACUUAGCACAAUGGGCGAAGCAGCAGAAAAUCUUAAUUAUGACUGUAAUUAUAAUAUGUUUCUUGCAAAAAUUAUGCUCUCCAAUUUAUCCACAAAUGAAGAUAGGCAGAAAGCAAUCAAAUGGAUGAAAAAAUUAACCAAUUGUAAUAGAUCUAUUGAAGAAAUGAUGCUACGAAACGACUUUAUGUACUAUUUAGUAGUAAAUAUUCAACAAGGCGAACUUCAACCUCCUUUCACAGAAAAUCCACCUUCUAGCGCAUUGCCAAAUAUAGCACAUCUUUUACCUGGUGGGAUCGCAGAUAUGGAAACAGCCGAAGAAGAACGACCGUCAGCUAGAGGACCCAUGCUGUACGAGAAGUCUCCCGAUGGCGGAGCAUUUUUAGCAGCUCAGCCUGUGCCAAGAUGUGGAGCAUUUUGUUAUUUAGCAGUUGUAGCGAGAGAUUCAAGAAAUAAAGAAUGAUAGUCAAUUGAUUACUGUACUAUAACUUGUCAGUAAUUAGUCCACAUUAAAAAAAAAAAAGAAAGAAAAAACAUAUCGAACUAUUGACAUUGUGCUGUGUAAUAAAUGAUUUUUAUAUAUUUAAA